AAUGGAAAUUGAUAAGGUUCUUGAUGAGGCUUUUGAAAGGCUGAAGCUUGUGAAAGUUGAUGACGCAGAAAUAAUGUUAUAUAAAUUUAUUUUACUGGCGUUCGUUCUUGGUUGUGUGAAUAACUUUACUACGGAUUGGAAAAGAAGCAUACACAACUUUUACGAAAAUAAAGUACAUAAUAUAAGUAAGACAAAGAAAGCAAGUACUAUUAAGAACGUAUGGAGAAAAUAUAAUUUAGCAAAAGAAGGAAAAGAUAUUGAAGAUUUUUUUAAGUUUUCAAAAAACGAGGCUAUAAAAUAUGAUUUACAGAGAUGUAAAAAAAUAUAUGAUACCAUGUCGAAAGUUAGUGAAGCCAUAAAAAAUAUUUCAAACUUAACAAUAAAUAGCGAUAACAAUGUAGUAAAAAUAUUAAGCAAUUGGAUUCAAUUCUCGGAUCUUCAAAAAGAUGAUGUUAUUUUAUCAGGCGUAAUUGAUACGAGAAAAAAAAUUUCACGUUCAUUGAAAGCGCAUUUGGAGUUAAGAGAUGUUUGGCAUCAUAUCAAUGAAAAUAUUGUAGUACAUGAUAUUCCUGCAGAAUUCGAAAAACAUAUAGAACGCGUUGUUCUUGAUGAUGAUGAUCGAAUACCUGACGAACACUAUAAUAAUUCAAGUAAUAGAACAUUUAUAAAAGAGGAAUACCAAUCUAUCUUAUAUCCAUUCUUAAGUAAAAAUUUAUGGGAGAAUCCAACAUACAAAAAGGAUGAUUUGAUUAUUGAAAAUCAAAAAUGUGAUAUUAUUUCAGAAAUGGUUUUAAACUUAAGAAAAGUAUUAG